AUGAUGUAUGGAGACCAAAUUUUGAAUACGGAGAUGAUUAAUGAAACUCUGAGCAAUAGACAGAGUGCAAAGAUGAUUUAUCUUCAAAAAGAAAAUGAAUAGCUUUUGUAGGAAAACGAGGAUCUUAAAGAAGCUUUAAAGCUUAAUAAAGAAGCAUUAAGAAUUUCUUACUAGUCCACAUUUUUAAGUGAAUCAGCAAGCACUUCUUUUAAUUCUAUUCCCUCUUAAUAAUCCAAAAUUAUUCACUUAACAAGCUCAAAUAAGAAUUAGCAACAUUUGUAGUCUACCUAUGCAUCCAAUCAGAAAACAAUUGAUGAUUUUGUAUUGAAGCUAAUUCAAGAGAAUGAGAGACUGCUAGGAACUAUAACUGUAAUGGCAAAAGAGCGCAAUAAGGCAUAAAGCAUUGCCCUAUUGCAAGAACAAAUAGCUGAAGAAAACUCUAACUUUUACCAAGAAUAGUUAGCUGAACGAGAAGAUAAAAUUAAAGAAUUGAGAAUGCUAAUCUAGGAUAAAGAAUUUGUCAUUUAAGAUUUUGAAAAAGCAAAGGGAUAUUAUGAUUACGGGUCAAAUGUUUUAGUCAGGAUUCGUGAUAUUACAACUCCAAACGAGCAAAGCAUCAAACUACAUAACGAAAUAGAACAUUUGAAGGGAAUGAUUCAAAAGCUAUCAGAAGAGAAUCAAAAAUUAGUCGAAAAAAUUUAAUAGAAAGAAGAGCAUUCAAGGGUAUUAAAGCAAGAAAUAUUAAAGCUGAGGCUCGUCAUUUUAAAUCCAGUAAAUUACUAAAAAAUGAAAGGAUUUUUGAUGCAUAACUAUGCUGAAAAAGGAGAUGAAGAUGCUUUUAUGUGUGGUGCAUUUUAUAAAUAAGUAGAAAACUAGUAGAUGGAAGAAUAAAAUUAACAACUUAUGCAAUAACAAUAGAUGUUAUAAUAGUAGUAUUAAAAAGAACAAUAUGAGAAAUAGCAUAUACCUCUGCGCCCUUCAAGGAAUAAUAAUCAACCUCAGACUCAAAGAUAUAAUAAUUAAUACGCAUAGAAUCUUCAAACAGAUAAACUUAAUGAUAAGAUAUAGAAAUUAGAAGAAAGUUUCAAAAAGAUCAACAAAUUGUAUAGAAGAGAAGUAGAAAAUAACAAUAUUUUGGUAUCUAAAAUUGAAGAAAUAAUGAAAGAAUGCGAAUAAUGUUUUUAAAAUAAUGAAUUGCUGAUUAAUUCUAAUAUAAAUUAUCAGCAACAAAUAGAAAAUUUGCAAAACUAAGUCAAAACAUACAAAGAAUUCUAAUAAAAGUAUUUCCACCUACUUAGAAAUCACAGAAAACGUAAUAAAAGUUGCUUACCAAAUCAAAGUAUCACAAACCAAAUUGACGAAAUAAUCAAGAAAAAGCUGCACGAAAGAAGAGAAUCUGAAAGCACUGCAACUUAAAAUUAAAAAACAAACGAUAAAGAAGUAAAUGUAAGUAUUCUUGAAGAAGAGGAAGAAUCAAAACCUUCUAAAUCCUACAGAAAACAGACAACAGGAGCAAAGAAAUACGAAACGAUUAGAGCUGAUCUUGCUUAAAAGAAUAACUAGAAUGAAUCUGAUACCAAUAAUAUCUUAGGUGACAUAAAUGAAGAAGUAACAAACUUAACCAGAGACCAAGCUAAGAUCUAUUUGCUAAAUUUAGCUAAAGAUUUAUAUGUCAACACUAAUAUAAAGAGCUCAGGGUUGACUCGCCAGGUUCUCAAAUAAAUAGAAAUAGGUGGCUAUAAAACAGGAAUUAUUAGUCUUUUUAGGGCUAAGAGAUCUUUAAGUAACCCUUUGGACUAUAUAUCAGAUAAUGAGGAGACUAAGUACUCACUUAACUACUAGGUAGAUUUUAAUGAAAUAGUUAAAAAAUCUAGAUUGCAGUUCAAGAAACACAGUGAUGGAAAUUAAAAUGCUAACAAUCAUCAUUAUCAACAAGCAGUUGACGAUGAUUAAGAAAUAGCAGUAAACUUAGAUAAAGGUUUAAGUGGUCCAUUUAAUAUUGAUAUGAGUGUAAUUAUUGAUGGAAAAUCUAAAUUAGGAAAAGGUUUAAAUGUUUCUAAGAAAAUUCAUAAAAUAGCUGUCGAUGCAAGUUUCAUUUCUAAUGACGGUGAUAUGGAAGAUUUUAAUUGA